UAUAUUUUUCUGAAAUAUUUAGAUCGUUUUUUGUUUUUUAUAUAAUUCUUGGUGUUAAAUUUUUUUAAAAAAAACCUAUUUUACUAAAAAGAAUUGAUUUUUUACCGAAAAAGUAUAAAUUAGUUAUGAAACUAGGUUAUUCAAACAUUUUUCUUGAUCGUUUAUUUUCUGUGGAUCAAAAUAAUAAAUCAUUUGCUGAAAAUCUUCUUUCACAGGGUUUUUCUGUCUAUGAAAUUAUUAUUUUAGCACCCAUUGCAGAAUCACUUCAGGGUUUAGAAGAAGGAACAGGGAUUCCUUGGAUAGAAACAAUUGACGAUGAUUUUAUUGAAAGUCAUAUUUUAAAAUCCUCAUCUGGUUCAAGAUAUGGAGUCUAUGGAAAGAUUAAGGAGUUUACAACAAUUAAUGGGAAAACUGUUAUUAUUAAGAAUGAUUUUGUUUACUCGGAUAAAGGAUUUUCAUCUCUUCGUCAUGCUAAAUUACUUUAUGAUAUGCUAUAUUAUUCCGAAGAUUUGAAUAGACAUCCGUAUCUUAUAUACUUUCUUGAUAGGCCUCUUGUAAAAUCAUGCGAGAAUUGUUUUCGUGUUUCAAGAUCAUUUUCUAUAUCUAAUAAACCUGCCGAAAAAAUUACAACUCUUCAGGAACUUCUUAAAUCUAAUUCUUCAGUUCUUCAAAAAAUCAAUAAAGUUCUUUCCAAUUCCUUAAAAAAAAUCAAUAUUCUUGAGAAAUCUGAUAAUUUGAAUCUUGUUAAUAAUAUUCAACAAAUAAUAGAAGACGCUGUUUUUUCUUCUUUAAAAAUGCUUAGAUCAUUAAAUUUAUCAAGUGUUAGGGCCUUUUUAAAUACUACUAGUUUGACAGAAGAUGAUAUCGGAAUCUUAGUUGAAAAUUAUGUAUGUAAUGAAACAUACGAUAUAGUAUUUCCUUAUCUAAAAGCUAUAUAUAAAGAUAAUGAUUUAGAAUUGAUGGAUUCUAUUAUAUCUAUGGAGCAUAUUGAUAUUUAUCAGCUUGGUUUACCAUUUGUCAAUAACGAGAUCAAUGAUCGUAUAUAUGAUGCUAUUAAUUGUUUUAAAAAAUUUGAAGAAACCAAGAUUCCUUCUGAAAAAUUGAGUAUUCUUAUGAAGACGAUACAUUUACUAGUAAGCAAAACUGUAAAAAUUCAUGAGGAAUUUCAACGAAAUAAAAAUUAUAAUGAAAAUAUAUUUCAGGAUGCAUCAAACUUCUUGAAAGAUAAUUUGGGUGGUGAUUAUUUAAUACCAUUACUUUUAUUAGUUGUGGUUCGUGCAAAACUGAAUUAUUUAGAAACUGAUUUUAUAUAUAUGACUCAUUUUUCAUUUUUAAAUAUACGUAAAGGCGAAGAAUUAUAUGCUAUAAGUUCUUUAGAAGCUGUUUUACAUCAUAUUUUACAUCAAAAAGAUAAAUUAAAAGCUAUAAGUAACUAUAAUCUUAUAUUAUGGGAUAGUGUCAAGUCUGGAGAUAUAAACAUUCUUGAUUCUGUUUUUAAAAAAGAAAAUCCAAAUUUUAUUUCUGUGUUUUUUGGCGAUUUUACUUGUACAUCUAAAAUAUCAUCUGUUUUAAAGGAUAUUUAUUAUUAUAAAGAUAUAAAUGGGGAUUCUGUAAUAAUGCUUGGAAUAAAAACAAAACAGUUUUCUUCUGUAAGUUUUUUCCUUAAUCAUUCUCAAUUUUCAAUUGAAAUUCUACUAAAUGAUCAUGAUAUUGAGGGAUCGACACUUUUAAUGGUGGCUAUUAAAUUUGAAUUUAAAGAAGCGAUUAAUAUGCUUCUGCAAAAAUUAAAGGAAUGCUCAGAAGAUGAAUUUACUAAUUAUUUGGCUCAAAAGGAUAAAUUGGGAAGAACUGUUUGUCAUUAUUUAUUUCAUGAACCAUAUCUCAUUAUGGAACUUGGUAUUUAUCUUUCUUGGAAAUCUCGUGAUAAAUAUGGACAAACACCAUUAUUUAUACUUUCUACAAUGUAUGAUCAUCCCGAUUAUAAAACAAUGUUUUUAAAUGCAAUAAAAAUUGUUCAAUUGAUAGAAAAUAAUACUUUAAAUGUCGAUGAUCAUGUUGAUGAUAAUGGAAAUUCUCUUUUCCAUACAAUUAAUGAUUCGGAUUGUUUAUUAGCAUUAUUAAACUGCAAAGGGAAUAUUAAUAAAAAAAACAAUCAUGGAUGUACUCCAUUGAUUUACCAUGCAAAAUCGGGAAAAUCUGAAUUGGUUAAGAUUCUUGUGAAUGAUAAGAGAAUAGAUAUGACUGCAAAGGAUAAGAAUGGAUUUACUGCGCUACAUUUUUCGGCUCAAGGGAAUCUAGAUGUUAUGAAUCUUUUAACAGAAGUAAUAAAUAUAGAAGAACGAACAAGUUAUACAGGUUUAACUGCAUUACAUAUUGCGGCUCAAGAGAAAUCGCUAGAUUGUAUUAAUUAUUUGAUUAGAAAUAAAUCGGCCAACAUUAAUGCCUUAGAUUAUAAGGGAGACAGGCCUGUAGAUCUUGCCACAGAUCAAGAAGUAAUUGAUUUGUUGGAUGAAUAUGCCCUUUUUAUGAAUAGCUCUGGAAGGAAUAAAAGAAUGGUACGCGCUGUUAGGGCAAUGAUUGAAAAUGAUUCUACUGUCAAAUUCGUUAUUAAAAGUGGAUUUGUUAAUAGCAAUUCUAAGAAUCUUAUCACGGUUAUUCGUACAGUUGAAGAUUUUAAACUUCUAUAUAAAUUUUUUAUUCAUGAGUAUUCUGAAUCAUGGAUUCCGUCUUUUCAUAUAAACUUUUUGCAUCCUUGUAUGAUACCUUCUAAGCCUUCGAAAAGUAUAUUGCAAGCAUUUCUUAAUUGUUCCAAUGCUUUUUUGCAAGCUUUAUUACAACAUUCAACCUUUUCUACUCAUGAAUUACUUUGGGAAUUUUUUACAACGCCAGAACAAGCAUGUAUUAUUAUAGAACGAACUCAAAAAAAGAACAUGGAUAAAGAUAAAGAAAUUCCAAAGAAGUUAAUUUCUAUUGAAGAUGUUAAUGAUGCUGAUUUUUUUUUUAAAUAUGCAAAGAAUAAUAUUGGAAAUAUGAAACAUGCAUAUUAUCGUUUAUAUAGAAAUUUAUAUUUUUUAGAAUUUAGUUAUUUAGGUAAGUUUGAACAAUAUUAAAGGGUAUUUUAAUGACAUUUUAUGAGAUCAUCAAAUGUCAUAUAAAUUAUUUUUCCAUUUUUUACAAACUCCUUCUUUUAAAUUUCUUGAGAUUAAAGGUCAUCUUUUUGUAAUUGAACAUUUUAUUGAUAAUCUUGUCCUAAAGACGCCUUUAAUAACAGAGCUUAUUCAUACAAUACAACAAACAGAAAAUAUAUUUAGUGAUAUUUUGAAUGCUUUUGAACGGCCUCGUCCAUUUAUUAAGGAACUAAUAUCAUUUUAUAAAUCUUCGGAGAAAUCUCCUGUUAUUAAUAAAAAUAUAGCAUGGCCAUUAAAUUUUCUAAGCAAUACAAGAAAAAGGAUACAGCAAAUGGUGGCAAAACAUAACACUCGCUGUAUACAAACAUUAUUAAAACAAUCAGCGAAACUUCAUUAUACACAUAUUAUUUUAAUUACUGAACUUGCUGACUUUUAUAAUGCACAUAUUCAGAAAAUACAAGAAGCUUUGAAAAACUUUGCGAUAGCUACAAUACAGAAAGAACGUUGCAGACUCGAUCAAUUACAAAGAGCAUUUGUUGCGUUACGUAGUUGUACUAUAGACUAACUUCUAAAAAAAAAUACUUUUGCCUCAGAUCAAGU